AUGGAUAAAGACACCAGAGCCGAAUAUGAAAAUCAAUCGCAGCAAUUGCGCAUUGACCUAAAAACUUGGGAAACAGAAUGGGCAAAAUCGCACGACGGCCAGAAGCCAGGAAGAGGAGAUAUUAAAGCAAACAAAGACAUCGGCAAGUUCCCCAAAUCUCACUACAACAAGGUUCGAGAUAUUCUCUCGGGCAAAAUACCAAUCCCUUCGAAGGAAGCCCCCGAGUCCGCAAAGGGAAAAUUAGAUGGUCUACCAGCACAAACGCCCACGAAACAGAACAAGCAUAUCGAAACUCCAGCCAAGAAUCGUACCCAACACCAUGAUGAGGAGCUCAUGAAUACCCCAGCUAUAUCACGGAAACUGUUCAGUCCCACUUCUGUCACCUCGGUUGGUCCUACACCACAACGAGAUGGUCAAGUACUUGGACUUUUCGAUUUACUGGUAGAGAAAGAACUAGGAACGCCAUCAAGGAACGAUUCUGCGAUCAAGACGGGGUCCGCUCGAAAGAUUGAUGCUACUCCAAGUAAGAGGUCAGCAGCAACGGAUGACGACGAAGAAGAAAGGCUUGGCCGAACCCCUAUGUCGUCUAGCAAACGACAGCGACUAAACCACUUCAUGACUCCAUUAAAGAAUAAGGAUAGAAAUCAUGAUGCUGUGACGCCUUCUUCGAUUUCCAAGCUUCAAUUUGACACGCCAGCAUUUUUGAAGCGCAAUACCCUACCAGUUCUGGACGAGAACGGCGAUUUUGACGCCCCGGCUCCUCUACGGCUACCACGCAAACCAUUUGCAAGAGGUCUCAGCGAAAUUGUAGCAAGUUUACGGAAGGUUGAGGAGGAAAAUCUGGAUGAUGACCUUGAUGCAUUGCGCGAUGUUGAGGAUGGUGGAGCGGGUGAAGCGAAACCAAAGACGUUUUUCCCAUCCAAACCUAAGGACAACGUACCGGUCUACGACAACGAAACACAGCAACUACCGCUUGGUGGUUUUGAUGACGAAGGUGCGUACGACAGUCCAGUGGAGGGAGACAAUCCGACGAGAGUGUACAAGAAGAAGGGCCAGAAGCGAACAACAAGAAUGGCCAAGAUGCGUCCAGUCCGGGUCAAGAGACCUGAGGAUAUGGCAGCAAAUCCUCAAAGCGAUGUGGAGAACGAUGAAGUGCAAGCUGGUGGUGAGGAUGCUGGAUCUGAUUUCGAUGAGAUAUCUGAGAAGAAGCCCACGCAGAAGAAGGAGGGCGCUGUCAAGAAAGCAGCACGAAAGGUGAAUGAGUUAGCACAUGCAAACUUCCAAAGACUGAAGCUUAGGAAUCACGGAUCCAAGGGUGGGCCAGGCUUUAAUAGUAGAUUCCGCCGAAGAAAGUAA